AUGAUGAAUCGUCUUCUUGUACGACGUUGUAGUAUGUCUUCAAUUAAAGAAGAAGAUGAAUCAGAAGUAUUCGAUGAAACAAUCACACAAAUAGAAAAAUUACUAUCGCCUUCAUUACAACAAGAACAAUUCGAUAGUUCAUCAUCAAUUUCUGAAUGGGAUUCCGAAUUGUCGGAAUCUGAACAAGAAUUUGACGAUAAUAAUGAAAAUUUAGAAGAUAAAAGUGAAGAACAAGCAGCAAAUCGAGCAUUACAAAGUUUUAAACAAUCAUGUGCACGAGCAUUCACACUGAAAAUUCUAAUAAAUAUAAAUCGUUCAAUUCAAAUGAACAAUAAGAACAAUUCUUGUUCACCAUUUUCUAUUCAUCUUUAUGAAGAAGAAGAAGAAGAUUCAACUGAACUUGACGCAAUUUUAUCUGAAUUACAAGAUUUUAAAAUUGAAUUUGAAGAAAAUUCGAAUCUUUCAUCUUCACAACAACAAUUAUUAUUUCCAAAACUUAAUAAAAUAGAAAAAUUAACAAUGAAUCAUUAUUCAUCAUCAAGAAAAUAUUUAUCUUCGUCUUCAUCUUCUUUUUCAACAAAUGGUUGUGUUCAUGAACUUCGUACACUUGAAGAUCAACUUGAAGCUGCCUUACAAAGUUUAUCAUUAACAAUAAAUGAUUGUACAAUAUCUAAUAUUGAUUCUCAACAACAACCUUCAUCAGAUUCAAGUGCUUGUUCAAGUGGAGUUGGAGAUGAAAUUGGUAAUGAAUUAUUUCAUUUAUAUAACAUAUCAAAUACAAAUCAUCAUUCUAUAUUAUUAACAUCAAAAAAUACGACGGCUACAGAUGAUUGUGAUUCAGCAUUUAGUGAUUGCGGAUCAAAUGAUAAAAUUACCUUAACUAAUCGUGAUGAAUCAAUAAACUAUCAUGCAAUGCUUCCAAUAACAGAUUCAAUAGACGAAACACCAUCGAUGAUACUUGAUCAUGAUGAUUCAUUAUUAUCUCGUGCUCGACAUCCAUCAAAAAUACUUAUUCGUACAUAUAAUGAUGAUGAUUCAACAAAAAGUAUAUUCAUUCAUGAUUCAAUGUUAAUACGUGAUGUUCUUUUUGUACUUGUUCAUAAAAAUCAUCGUGAAUCUGAUAUUAAUUAUGCUCUUGUUGAAGUUUUACCAGAUCUUCAUAUGGAACGUAUUUUUGAAGAUCAUCAAAAGUUAACUGAAGCUAUUCUUAUGUGGCCAACUGUUUCUCCAAAUCGACUUAGUUUUACUAAACGUGUUGAAAAAUAUAAUUUUUUUCGAACAAUUACUUCAAAUGAUGAAUUAACAUCUACACCUGAUGUUGAAGGAAAUAUUUAUCUAAAAGAAAAAUCUCGUAAAUCAUGGAAAAAACAUUUUUGCGUACUUCGUUCAUCAGGUCUUUAUUUUGUACCAAAAGGCAAAAGCAAAAAAGAUCUUGUCUGUUUGGCAAAAUUUGAAAAUGUUGAAUUAUUUUUUGGUCUUGAUUGGAAAAAGAAAUUUAAAUCACCAAGUGAUUUUUGUUUUGCAUUAAAGCAUCCAUUAAUUCAAAAGAAAAGUUCGAAAUAUAUAAAAUAUAUGUGUGUUGAUACAAAAAAUGAAUUCGAUCGUUGGAUUAUAAAUAUACGAAUAGCUAAAUUUGGACAACAAUUAAAACUAAAUUAUUCACUUAUGGAUAAAGCAAUGAAUAUUUAUCGUUCAUCAGGUCGUUUUGCUCCUGUUUAUGCUACUCGUUCAGAAACACCAACUGAACAAUCAGAAAAUGAUGAUAUAAUUAUUCAUGAUUGUCGAACACCAAUUCCACAUAAUCAAUAUUAUGAUUUUCAGCCAUCUAUAUCUACUAAUAAAAAUAAUGAUGAUGAUAAUGAUCAUGAAAAUUCUCCAAUUAAAUCAGCUAGUUAUAUGGAUGAAUUACGUCAAAGACUUGAACGUGUUCUUAAUGAUUCACCACAACAAAGUUCAACAUUGUAUAAUUCUAUUCAAUCAUCAUUACAUACCAAAGAAACUAUUCAUCGACCAACAUUUAUUCCUUCGCCAAAAUUAAAAACAACAAAUUCACAACGUUUAAAUUCAACUGAAAAUUUAAAUAAAAUAAAUAAUCAAAUAAAACCACCAUUAACAAUUGGUUCAACACCAUUACCAAGAAAACAAAUGCAAUCUUUUGGAAGUUUAUCUUAUCGAACAGUGAAUACAGCUAAUCGUCAUCCUCAACAACAAAUGAGUAAAAGUUUUAUUAUACCAUCAAAACGAGAAGAUCAUCAUAGUACUGGUUCAUCAUCUACAACAUCAAAAUCUGAUUCACUUAAUUUAGAUAAUACAGAUUUUUCUGUUCCAUCAUCAACUUUUCUUAAUAAUACUAAUAAAAUAACAAAUACAGUUAAACCGAAAACAACUAUAAAUACUAAUCGUUCAAAACAAUUACCACCAUUAAAAAAACCCACAACAUCAUUUCAUACAAAUACUCAAUCACAAUCAUUAUUACCUAUUAAAAAUGGAGUUAUUCCAUUUUCUCCCAAACUUUCAACUUCUAUAUCACAAAUAUCUACACAAACUAAAUCAAUCAAUUCAUCAUUACCGAUUAGUUCAUUUAGCAAUAGCAAGAAUACAACAAUAGCUGCUAAUAACAGGCCUGUUCCACCUAUUCCACCACGUAAAUCAAGUAUCCCACGACUAGGUUUGAAACCACAACCACCACAACGAAAUUCAUCGACAAAUCUUCUUCCAGAUAAUAGAAUAAACGACGCAUCAUGUCUUCAUGAAUAUGGUAUGGCAAAAUUUGUUCGAAAAAUAGACAAAUUCAACAAUGUAAUUGUUACCUCUACAUUAAAACCUACGUCAAGCAUUGUCAAACAGGAUUCAAUUAAUAUUUUUCCAUUGACACCAACAAAAAAAAAGACCCCACGUAAUUCGUUCCCAGUUCCAGUUAAUAAUCGUAUUACGAGUAAUAUUCGUGGUCCAACAUGGUGGUUAUCAUUAAUAUUAUUACUUAUAUCUGUUGCUAUUGGUUUUCAAUUUGGUCUUAUUUUUCUUUGUAAUAUUAAACGAUGUAUAACUAAUGAUUUAUCUUUAGAACAAGAUUCCAAUGGUUUACAUGAUAGUAAUCGAGUAAAUUCAUUACUUAUUUCAUCAAUUAAUGUACCCCGUGUAUUACAAAACAAACAAUUAAUUCUCGUUGCUAUUAUGACAAGUAAAGAUUUUUUAACAACACGUGCACCAACUGUUAUGCGUACAUGGGCAGGAAAUGUACCUGGACAAGUUAUAUUUUUUUCAAGUGAAGGUUCAACAACAAAUGAUUCAAAUAUUAAUCUUGUUAGUUUACCAUCAGUUACAGAUACAUAUCCACCACAGAAAAAAUCAUUUCUUAUGAUGAAAUAUAUUUACGAUCAUUAUUUAAAUAAAUUUGAAUGGUUUAUGCGUGUUGAUGAUGAUGUUUAUAUAAGAACAGAUAAUUUAGAACGAUUACUUCGUUCUAUUGAUAAUCGUAAACCAUAUUAUAUCGGACAACCCGGUAUGGGAACGAAAGAAGAAUUUGGUAAAUUAGCGUUAGCCGAAAAUGAAAACUUCUGUAUGGGUGGACCUGGUAUAAUAUUAUCUCGUGAAACUUUAGCUAGAUUUACUCCACAUAUAAAACAAUGUUUAAAAAAUUUUUAUACUUAUCAUGAAGAUGUUGAACUUGGGCGAUGUGUACAUAAAUAUGCAAAUACAUCAUGCACAUGGUCUUAUGAAAUGCAACAUAUUUUAUAUAAUCAUCCAAAUAAAACUGAAGGUUAUAAAGCACGAAAUUUAGUAUCAACAGAUAUUUUACGUGCCGUUAGUCUACAUUCAAUAAAAGAUGUACGUGUAUUUACGCGUGUACAUAACUUUGCUUUACAACGACGAAUUAUUGAACUUGAACAACAUAAUAUGUUACUACGUCGACAAAUAAAUAUUUAUGAUACAAUUCUUAAUAUAGAAAAUCAGAUCAAGUUACUAAUAAAAAAACUUGUUCAAUUAAUGCAAAAAACUAAAAAUGAACAUAUGCAAAAAAAAUUAAAACAAAUGUAUAAACAAUUAAAUAUACCGAAUCAACACAUUGCUGAACAAUUGAUGACAUUAUAUAAUAAUGCAUAUCGUUUAUUUAAAAUUGACGAUGAUCAACAAUUGCCUAUAAAUCGUCUAUUAUGGAAUGCUUUACAAAUAUAUUUUAAUGAAUCUCUUCCAUCAUCAAAUGAUUUAACUUUUUCUUUUGUAUACGAUUCAAUUCAGUCAAUGUCUAAUAAUUAUACGCAUACGAAAACGUCUUUACAAGCAAAAAAACAUAGUUCUGCUAUCUAUACAUUAUUUACUGCUAGUCAAUAUUCAGCUAAUACAGAAUUACCUGUUCGAUCAAUUGAACCAGCAUAUAAACAAUGUUUUGAUGAAGUUGUUCGAACAUAUAUGGAAGCAGUUAAUAAAAUUUCAAGAAAUAUGGGUCGAUUUUUAGAAUAUAAAAAAACUUUAUAUGGUUAUUAUAAAUAUGAACCAAGACAUGGAAUGAGUUAUAUUCUAGAUUUGUAUCUUAUUUAUCGAAAAUAUAUGGGCAGAAAAAUGUCGGUACCUGUACGAAAACGUGUUUAUGUUGUGCAAAAAUUUCGUCCAUUAUAUUUUCAUGAACUUUUUUCAUCAUAUUCAAGUGCAAUAUUAUCUCCUGUUGGAGCUGGUUCUCCUAAUUUUGUUAAUUCUAUUUCACCGGUGAUCACUAAUACGAAUACGACUAUAAUUUUACCUUCUCUACCUGUUCCUAUUCAUAUGAUUGUACCUGUUAGUGGACGUCUUCCUACUCUUAAACGAUUGUUAACAAAUUUUGAUCAUAUCGUGAUGUGUUCUAAUGAUUCUGAUCUUCUUAACGUACAUAUUUAUAUAAUAUUAAUGGAAACAGCAGAAGAUAGUGGUGAACGUAUGUCAACACUUGCUAAUUAUAUAAAAAAAUUUGUUCAAAAAUAUCAAUCAUCACGUAUACAUUUAAUUGAAGUUGAAAAUGGAAAUUUUACACGAGGUUAUGCACGUUCAUAUGGUGCAUCUCGUUUUAAUGAUACAGAUCUUUUAUUUUUUAUUGAUCUUGAUAUGGUUUUUACUCGUGAUUUAUUUCCACGUAUACGUUAUCAUACGAUCUUAAAUAAACAAGUUUAUUUUCCGAUUAUAUUUAGUCAAUAUGAUCCAAAUUAUUGGGAAACAAUACAAUCUUCAUUAAAUUUUUCUUCAUUUACUCUUCGUGGUGAUAUUGGUUAUUGGCGCCUAUAUGGCUUUGGUAUGCUUGGAAUAUAUAAAGUUGAUUUGGGACAAAUUGGUAGUUGGAAUGUUGGAAUAAGUGGAUGGGGAAAAGAAGAUGUAGAAAUUUAUGAUAAAUUAGUACAAUGUCCAACUUUAAAUGUUUUUCGAGCAAUUGAUAAUAGUUUAAUGCAUAUAUUUCAUACAAAAGACUGUUCACCAACAUUACGUGAUGAUCAAAUGAAUAUGUGUAAAGGAACUAAAUCAAUUACAUUAGGAUCACAACGUAUAUUAGUACGAUAUGUUCAAAAACUGAUUGAGCUCAAUAAAAUCUGA